AUGUCCCCGUCUCCGUUUUCUGACUUUGAGGACCAGAGUUCCAUAUUCAUAGAUGAUGAGAACUUGGAUCCACAGCUUCGUGACCAAUAUCGCCGCAAUGAACGUUACGAUGAACGCCGCUCCAGCCAGAGCAACAACUCCCCUCCUGGCCUCCACUCGGCAAAUUUUCGGGCUGCUGCCCGGAAAGCAUCACUUGAUACCAGAAAGAAACGCAAGCGCACCAUGACCUACCAUGACGAUUCUCAGGAAGGAGCAAUGCGCAAAGCCAUCUCCCGCCGAUAUGCAGAAGUACUGGAUGAGCUUGAAGGAGAUCAUUGUAACGCUGACUUCUAA